AUGGAUCUCCAAGUUAGAGGUAGAGGACGUGGGAGAAUAACUAGGCAACACCCCGAGGGUAGUGGUGAUAGGGAACCUGAGGUCAACCCAGACCAUGGUCAGGGAAACGUGGCCGGAGAUCCAGUGGCCACCGCAAUCAAUAGAAUAACUGAUGUGUUAGAGCGCAUGACUGAGCACCAAGCUCAUGGAGUAGUGCAUCAGCAAGGAGGCCCAAUCGAUUCUGAGGAUCGGGCAUUAGAGAGAUUCCUGAAGUUUGGACCUCCUAAGUUCUACGGAGGCCCAGAACCUGAGGUAGCCGAAGGUUGGUGGGAAAGGAUCUCUGAUAUUUUCGCCGCUUUAAAUUAUACGGAAGAAAGGCAAGUGACUUUUGCGGCAUUCCAGCUUGAGGGAGUUGCUCGUUCCUGGUGGAACUUGAUUAGGGUCAAUUGGGACUGGAAUCAUACUCCUAGGACCUGGGCGAACUUCACAAGGGAAUUCAACGCCAAAUUUCUUCCUCCUCUCAUCCAAGAGAAAAGAGAGGAUGAUUUCAUCAAGUGUAGGCAGGGGGCGAUGAGUGUCGGCGAAUAUGAGAUUCAAUUCACGAAAUUGUCCCGUUAUGCUCCCGAAUUGGUAGCUACGGAGCAAAGGCGUGUAAGGAGGUUUGUACAGGGACUGAACGUGGAAAUUCAGGAGGGAUUAGCUGCUGUUCGAAUAGACACAUUUACUGAAGCUGUAGAGAGAGCUCAAAGGGUUGAAGUUGCCAGAGCUCAAGUAAAAACUUUCCAGGCCAAGAAAAGAUUUGCACCUAGCAGCAGUCGGGAGCCGAUUUAUGCAAAUGCUCCACCGGCCAAAGUGGGUCGAGGAACGGGUGGAAUAAAUAGUCACGGAGCACCACGGGGCGCUCUAGUGAGAGGAGCUAGUGUCAGAGGUGCCGGAGAAAGAGACAAUGGAGCUAACGGAGGACCAAAUGGAAGAGGUCAACCUAGGAACGCCUCGCAAGGAGGUCGUGUGACCACUUCUCAGGUAACUUGUGGGUAUUGCAGGAGGGCUGGUCAUAUUGAGAAGGAAUGCUGGAAAAAGGGAGGAAAGUGCUUGAGGUGUGAUAGCAGCGAGCACCAAAUUGCCGGUUGCCCAAAAAUGCAAGAAGAGGCAGAGAGAAACCGUGAGCAGGUUCCCCACCAUUCUGCACCUCCAUUUUCACCAGCUGCAACCAGUUCCCAGCUGUAG